CCAAGGACAAGGACAGUCUCGCAGCAAGCGAACGGGACGAUUUGUGAAUGGCCUUUCACGCACCACGCUUAUCACGAGAUAUGAUACUGCCUUGAAGUCCAAUUACCCGACCGCAUCGCGGUCCUCCUCUCCAUCACCAUGCCCGUCUUCGCUCUCAUGGUCAUAUCCAAAGCCGGCUCCCUGAUCUACCACCGUACCUUUCCGACCUCUGCUCCUGGGGGCGCAACAAACUCCACACAACCCCAGCAGACCGUGGGCACAUUGGGUCUCCCUGGGACCAGCACGCUGACCACGAACGACUACCUCGUACUCGCCGGCACAUUCCACGGCGUCCACGCCAUCACGCGAUCUCUCACACCGAAGCUACCGGUCACAUCCUCCGCGAGCUCGACCGGGCGGACCUGGACAUAUCCCGACCCGACUGCCGCUCCGUCUGGCAUUGAAUCACUCGAGUCCUCGUUCUUUCGAUUGACAGUGUUCCAGACACUCACGGGAACGAAAUUCCUCCUGUUCACGGACCCGAGCAUGCCAAAUACGGAUGUUCUCAUGAAGGGCAUUUACGAUCGAUACGCAGACUUUGUGUGCAAGAAUCCCUUCUGGCAGAUGGAAAUGCCCAUACGUAUUGAUGCUUGGGAGCGGAGUCUGGCGCAAUGGUUGACGCGGCGGUGAUAAGACCAUCUCACACAAGAAACCUCAGAUGAUUUAGAAAACACCAACAUCAGUGCCCAGCUGAAUCCCGAGGCCGCUUUGCCUUAUAAUUCGAGGGCAGCCAGGGAAGGAUGCCCCGGCCACCAUCCCCGGACCGGUGGCUGCCUGCUUCUACGGAAUGUCUCGAUGAGCAGAAUCUCUCCCACAUCAGGGGCCAUGUCACCAACGUCCAAUAGCACAUGGCACCCGCAAGCAAGGUGCGGCGAUUCGUACACCUCAGAUAUCCGCGAAAAGGCCUCGCAGCACAACCCCAUUUUCAACACCAGCACGAGCGCGAGAUAUUGCAAAUUGCCCUCGCCAUUGCAAGCCGUUGCCAUGGAAAACAAGCAGACCGACACACCAGUCGCAGUCAUCCGAUCAUCCUCAUCAAAAUGUGUGACAUCCAUAAACUCUUCCACAUCCACUCACCCUUGCCCACUAUAUCGCACGAGACGCGCUACGACGGCAAACCGGUUCACAAGUGUCGCAGUGAGACGUACUCUCUCUCACAAACACCACACACAAGGUGCCCUGCCGCAAUGGACGCCGAUCAUUCUGCAUAUCGAACAGCAGAAGUCUAAUUCCCACACGUCUCAACGCGAGAAAACCGGCCCUCCAGUUACAAACGUUGCGAUCCUGGAGCCUACAGAGUCCAGAAUAUGAAGACCAAUCAAUUGACAUGGAAUUUGGUAGGCGAAUCGUGUCGAUCUGCUCAACACGAUUUCCAAUCCCGAUCGCCCUUGUAUCAAAGGCAAAGAUAUACCAAUGAUGUGGCCACCCCUCCGGCGUAUCGCCGUCGCCGCCAUGGCGCCGCGCCACCAGUAGCGUGCUGUCUUUCAUAGAUUGUACAAGUUCCAAUGUUUUUUCCUUCAAAAAUCCCAAUUGUACGGAGUACUUCCAACACAAUUACUUAUCUUUGUACCAAUCGUACACCAGUACUUAUAGCUAUCGCCACGCCAAAGCGAAGCGACGCAUUGCCACCAGAGCCGCCUCUCUUGUCGAAGACUAUGUUACUCUAUUUCUUGAGAAUACACAGGGAAGCAAAAUAGAGUAUAGAUCAUUCAUAUUUCCGUCUCAAUAAUAC